CGGCGGUUCAUAACAAACGAUAAUGUUGUUAACCUAUUGAACAUAAGGAGCAGCUUUCAGAUUGUUUAUAAUAAUGGUCUUGUUGUAAAUAAUGUAGGUUUCUUGCAAAUGGAAAAAAAGCCCGUUUGGCAGUGAAGAAUAAGCAAUGCAAAGUUACAAUUACGCUUAAUUGGAAUUGACAAAACGCAAGCUUUUAGAGUCGCACGUUAUGCAAAGGCUGUGUGAAGACCUGACACUCCCUCCAGUUAAAUCGCGGAUUCAGUAAAGAAAGCCUACAACGCGUCUCUUUUUCUCUUGCACCGACAGCUUUCCGCUUCAUCCACGAUCUCUCACUAUGGUGUCCCAUAAGGAGUUUGAGACUGCAGGGAAAGCUGCUGGUCUGCAGAUAUGGCGCAUUGAGAACAUGGACCUGAAGCCAGUGCCUAAGAAUCUCUAUGGCAACUUCUAUACGGGUGACGCCUAUCUUCUUCUGUACACCACCAGCGCACCUUCAUACUUUAUACACAUGUGGAUGGGGAAUGAGUGUUCUCAAGAUGAAAGUGGAGCUGCAGCUAUCUUCGCCACACAGCUGGAUGACUUUCUAGGGGGUGGUCCAGUUCAGUUCCGUGAGGUCCAAAACAACGAGUCGCUCACCUUCUUGGGCUACUUUAAGUCUGGCAUCAAGUAUAAGCAAGGUGGGGUCGCGUCUGGCUUCCAUCACGUGUUGACCAAUGACGUGGAUGUGAAGCGUCUCCUGCACAUCAAGGGCAGGAGGGCCAUCAGAGCCACUGAGGUGGAGAUGUCCUGGAGCAGCUUCAACAAAGGAGACUGCUUUAUUGUAGACUUGGGGAAGGACAUUUAUCAGUGGUGUGGCAGUGACUGCAAUCGUUUUGAACGUCUAAAGGCCUCCCAGUUGGCCAUUGAUAUCCGGGACAAUGAGAGGAACGGCAGGGCCAAGCUGAUCAUGGUGGAAGAUGGGGCUGAGCCAGACGCUUUGUCUAAAGUUCUUGGGCCCAAAUCCAGCAUCGCCCCAGCAACUCCUGAUGAUGAGGAAGUGGACACCUCCAACAAGAAGAAGGCAGCAAUGUACAUGAUUUCAGAUGCCUCUGGCUCCAUGAAAACAUCUAUUGUGGCCCAGUCUAGCCCGUUCAAGCAGGAGAUGCUCUCCCUAGAUGAGUGCUACAUCCUGGACAACGGAGUUGAUAAGAAUGUGUUUGUUUGGAAAGGACCAAAUGCAAACACAUCUGAACGCAAAGCGGCUAUGAAAGCAGCAGAGCAGUUCAUCAAAGAGAAGAACUACUCUAGUAAAACACAGAUCCAGGUGCUGCCUGCAGGGGGCGAGACCACCCUGUUCAAGCAGUUCUUCUCUAACUGGAAGGACAAGGACCAAACCACUGGUCCUACCAAGGCCUACACCAUCGGCAAAAUAGCCCGUGUGGAGCAGAUUCCUUUCGAUGCCUCCAGCCUCCAUAAUAACAAGGCCAUGGCAGCCCAACACAACAUGGUUGAUGAUGGUUCUGGAAAAGUUCAGAUCUGGCGCGUGGAGGGAGGGGAGCGUGUCCCGGUGAAUCCCUCUACUUACGGGCAGUUCUUUGGGGGAGACUGUUACCUGAUCCUGUACAGUUAUAAACAGGGAAGUAGGGAGCAGCAUAUCAUCUACACCUGGCAGGGCCUGAAGAGCACUCAGGAUGAGCUGGCGGCGUCUGCCUUCCUCACGGUCCAGCUGGAUGACUCCAUGGGAGGAGCUCCAGUUCAGGUGCGAGUAACACAAGGUCAAGAACCUCCCCAUCUGAUGAGUCUGUUCAAGGGCAAACCUAUGAUCAUCCAUAGUGGAGGGACGUCCCGCAAGGAUGGCCAGACCAAGACAGGCAGCACUCGCCUCUUCCACAUCCGACAGAGCUCUUCUAGAGCCACAAGGGCUGUCGAGGUUGAACCAUCUGCAUCCAACUUAAACACCAAUGACGUAUUUGUGCUGAAGUCGCCAGAUUGUGUGUUUGUGUGGAAAGGCGCAGGUGCCAGCGAUGAAGAAAUGGUUGCUGCGAAGUAUGUUGUAAGUGUAGUGGGAGGAAAACCCACUGACGUGGCCGAGGGUAAAGAACCAGCUGGAUUCUGGUCAGCUCUGGGCGGGAAGAAGGAGUACCAGACAUCUAAAACUCUACGAAAUAUGGUCAAACCACCACGUCUGUUCGGCUGCUCCAAUAAGACAGGUCGCCUAAUGGUUGAGGAAGUUCCUGGAGACUUCACUCAGUCAGACUUGGCUACUGAUGAUGUCAUGUUACUUGACACUUGGGAUCAGAUCUUCCUUUGGAUUGGUAAAGAAGCCAAUGAGGUUGAAAAAACUGAGUCACCAAAAAUAGCUAAGGACUAUGUGGACUCUGAUCCUUCUGGACGCCGUGGACUGCCCAUCACAACCAUAAAGCAGGGGGCUGAGCCUCCGAUCUUCACAGGCUGGUUCCAGGCUUGGGACUCACAUAUGUGGGACACUGACCCUCUGGAGAGAAUCCGAGCUCGCUUUUAAACACAAAACUGUUUCCUCUUCUUUUCCUUGUAAAAGCACUUAUUGUUUCUGUGUAAUAAACUGCAACUUUCCGAGGUUUUAUGUAAUCUAAACAUUGGUGAAAUGCCCAUCUCGCAUAAAAGUCCAAGUUUUAUUUUUGAUUUUGGGAGUGUGAAGCUUUGUUCAAGCAGUACCAGCUGUCAUAAUAGAAAAAAAAUCUACCAAAAUGAUUAUCACUCAUAAUAAUGAUAUGAGACAUAAGGUAUGGUUCCUGUUACCCUGUUUUUAUUAUUUCUGCCAUUAUGGCUUUCAAACAUGUUAGCGUUAUAAAAUAUGUGGCAAACUUCGUGACUAUUGUUUUUACACACAAGCCAUUGAUAUAUGUUCGGCUUGUACUGUGAUGGUUUUUAUGUCAGACUUUAAUAAACUGAGAUUUUGAGAAAGUGAAA